AUGGCUGCUUUCCCUGGCGGCUGUGGUCGGCUGUACGUUGUGGUGCUGGAGUUUUACGACAUGUGCGAGUACCCCUCCGAGAUGGACAUGAAUUUUGGCAAGUUGGAGGAGGCCUUCACAGAGCGCUUUGCGCCAGCCCUGAAGGCCGCAGUGGCGAAGGCUCUCAAGAAGCUGAGCUCUGCCGAUGAGAUAUCUGAGGUGAAGGUCUCCACAUCGACUCUGGACACAGAUGCUCCUGACGCUGCGCCGGGAAAGGGCACAAAGAAAGGCAAGUAUGAAGACGACGAGUCCGACGAGGAGAAUGAGGAGGGCAAGAGGAUGUACGCAGGCGGCCGGGGAGAAAAGGUGACGUACGACGAGCCAGACGAGGAGGACAAGAAGGUGGCGGACGACGCCGACCGGGAGACCAAACGGCGCUUCGGGCCGUUGCUGUCGGGGCACGACGACGAGGAAGACGAAGACAAAUCGGCAGUCAAUGCCAAAGCGUCGGACGACAAAGCCGCCGGUGAGUCCUCCCAUGCCAAGGCAGAACCAGGCACGCCGAAUCCCGGCCAACGGGGCUCUUCUACCAGAGCGGAUGUCGCGCAAGGAUCCCGGGGAUCGCGGCCGGCUGUCGAUCGGGUUCCGUUGACGGCGGUCUCUGAUGAGAAGGUGGACAGGGACGGUGGCCUGUGUGAGCAGUGCUUCAAGCUUCCGCUGGACGCGCCGAAGCUGCUGAUGCUGGAGCUGGCGGAGGCGACCGCCGCGGAGACGACGGUUCGGGCGACUGCAGGCAUCAAGAAGUGCUACGUCGUCGAGGCCAAGGGCGCCGGCGACUGGGGCUCCGUCCAGACGGACGGCAUCAACUUCGCGGCGGGCUUCGCCAACAGCGAUCUGGUGGACGUGGGCCGGGUCACCGCCAACGAUGUGCACGCUGUCCUGGAGACGCUGGGCGUCGAGGCCGCGCGCAGCACCAUCGUGAAGGAGGCCCAGGCCGUGUUCGGCGCGUACGGCAUCGGCGUCAACGUGCGGCACAUCGGCCUGGUGGCCGACUACAUGACGCACCACGGCGGAUACCGUGGGUGCAAUCGCAUGGGCAUCGCCACCAACUCCUCCCCUUUCCUCAAGAUGACCUUCGAGACGGCGACCAACUACCUGCGACAGGCCGUUCUAGCAGGCGCCUCAGACCCUCUCCAGGCCCCCUCCGCUAGGAUCGUUGUGGGCCGGCCACCGCAGGUGGGCACUGGGUGCAUGCGGAUCAUCCAGAAGCUGUGA